GCUUGAGAGGAAAGAUACCCCCUCUCCCCCCAAAAAUAAACAAACUAACUGCUCAGCGUUUCAUGACGAGAGCUGACCAACCGCUCACCAGACACUCUACACAAGUGUCCUAGUCAUCUUCUCAGAUAACGCCUCUCACACCCAGGCCUCAAGAUGAUGUGCGAGGUGAUGCCCACCAUCUCGGAGGAUGGGCGUGGUGGGGGCGGAGGUGGCUCGUCUUCCCCAGCGGGGGGCGGAGGAGGAGGGAUGGGUGGUGGAAUGGGCGGCAUGGGGGGCUAUGGCAGCCGGGACCCCCGCGGCGGCAGCGGUGGAGGCGAUGAAGGGGGAAGCACAGGCAACCUGGAGUCGCUGAUGGUGAACAUGCUGACGGAGAGGGAGAGGCUGCUGGAGAGCUUGAGGGAGACGCAGGAGAGUCUGGGGACGGCGCAUCUACGCCUACGAGAGCUUGGCCACGAGAAGGAGUCCCUCCAGAGGCAACUGUCCAUCGCCCUGCCACAGGAGUUUGCAGUGCUGACCAAAGAGCUGAACCUCUGCCGCGAACAGCUGCUGGAGAGAGAGGAGGAGAUAGCAGAGCUGAAGGCGGAGAGAAACAACACACGACUGCUGCUUGAACAUCUGGAGUGCCUGGUGUCCCGCCACGAGCGCAGCCUGAGGAUGACCGUGGUGAAGAGGCAGGCCCAGUCUCCGGCCGGGGUCUCCAGCGAAGUGGAGGUCCUAAAGGCACUCAAGUCCUUGUUUGAGCAUCACAAAGCUCUGGAUGAGAAAGUGCGGGAAAGGCUACGGGUAGCUCUGGAGCGCGUGGCAGUCCUAGAGGAAGAGCUGCAGUCUUCCUCUCAAGAGGUUCUGUCUUUAAGGGAGCAGAUCAAACGACGCCAGCAAGGACUAGACAAUGGCAAAGAGAGGCUUCCCAAUGGACCCUCCUCCAUCCUGGAUGAUGGCGACAUCGACAGGCAGAGGGAGGGCGAGAUUGAGAGGCAGAGGUCAGAGCUGGGACAGCUGAAAGAGAGACUGGCCCUCAUGUGCAGACAGGUUGGGGAGAUCGAAGAGCAGCUGACAUCUGCCAGGAGGGAACUGGCUCGAUCAGAGGAGACCAACCAGAAACUACAGAGGGAUCUAAAGGAGGCGCUCUGUCAAAGGGAAGACAUGGAAGAGAGGAUUACCACGUUAGAACGCAGGUACCUGAGUGCCCAGAGGGAGGCGACUUCUCUCCAUGACAUAAAAGAUAAACUGGAAAAUGAUCUGGCCAGCAAGGAGUCGCUCUACAGACAGAGUGAAGAGAAGAACCGGCAGCUUCAGGAGCGUCUUGACGAUGCCAAACAGAAGCUGCAGCAAACCCUGCAGAGGGCUGAGACGCUGCCUGAGAUCGAAGCCCAGCUCGCCCAGAGAGUGGCUGCACUCAACAAGGCGGAGGAGCGUCAUGGUAACUUUGAGGAGCGACUGCGACAGAUGGAGGCGCAACUGGAGGAGAAGAACCAGGAGCUACAGCGAGCGAGGCAGAGAGAGAGGAUGAAUGAUGAACACAACAAGCGUCUCUCUGACACAGUGGACAAGCUACUGUCUGAGUCCAACGAGAGGCUGCAGCUCCAUCUGAAGGAGAGGAUGGCUGCUCUAGAAGAAAAGAAUGCCCUGUCAGAGGAACUGUCCAACAUGAAGAAACUCCAGGAUGAUCUGUUGGCAAACAAGGACCAGCUGAUUGCUGAGCUGGAAAGACUUCAGCUGGAGUUGGAUCAGCUGAGAGCGAGGCCCGGGGGCUCGUACUCCAGUCGCUCUCUGCCAGGUAGCGCUCUGGAGUUGAGGUAUUCCCACGGAGGCGGGUCCCUCCCAGCCGGUUCCACCACUCACCUGGAUCCCUUUGGUAAUGCCUCUGCUGGGGGCGUAGUCAGACGAAGUCACUGGGCACGCUGGAGCUCUGCCCAUGAGGACUCUACCAAGUACUCAGACUGGGAGCGUGAGGCUCUGAUGGGGACUGGGUUCCAGCCAGGCAUGGAUGUGGGAUGCUCAGAUGAUGAGGAUGAAGGGGACGCUCGGUUUGGCUCCGAGCUUCUGUCCCCCAGCGGACAGACGGAUGUGCAGACCCUGGCCAUCAUGCUGCAGGAACAGCUGGAGGCCAUCAACAAGGAGAUCAAAUUGAUCCAGGAGGAGAAGGAGAACACAGAGCUGCGUGCCGAGGAGAUCGAGAGCCGGGUCAGUGUGGCUUUGGACAGUCCGCCCAUCCCUCCUUCUUCCCUGGGGAGAGACAGCACAGGACGGGGCUUCAUCCCCACGUCCAUCACGUCCUCCACCCUGGCCUCCCCUUCUCCCCCUAGCUCUGGGCACUCCACCCCUCGUCUGCCUCACUCCCCUGCCCGUGAGACUGAUAGACAGAACAACAAAGAAGACGAUCGAUCCCUCGCUCUCCUUGACUCUACGCCUCCUCCCACUCCUCGUGCGCUGCGAUUGGACAGGAUGACCCUCACCCAUCCGGGGGCGAUGCUCGAUGACCCUAGAGAGUUUCGCAGUCUCUCGGCAGAUGGCAGCAGCACCAACAGCAGCCAAGAUUCUCUCCACAAGGCCAGUAAGAAGAAAAGCAUCAAGUCUUCCAUCGGCAGGCUUUUUGGGAAGAAGGAGAAAGGAAGGAUGGGCCCACCUGGACGGGAUGGAUCUGUUUCUCUUGCAUCUACCCCCUCUGAAGAUCAGGCAUCUGGAGACCCAAUGGGGAUGAAUAAGACAGGAACUCUUGGUCCAGCAGAUAAAGACCGCCGCAGCAAGAAAAAGCAUGAGUUGCUGGAAGAAGCAUGUCGCCAAGGACUUCCCUUUGCAUCGUGGGAUGGACCUACUGUUGUGUCUUGGUUGGAGCUGUGGGUGGGAAUGCCCGCCUGGUAUGUCGCCGCCUGCCGUGCCAACGUGAAAAGUGGCUCAAUCAUGGCCAACCUGUCCGACACUGAGAUCCAGCGGGAGAUUGGCAUCAGCAACCCACUGCAUCGCCUCAAACUGCGGCUGGCCAUCCAGGAGAUGGUGUCCCUCACCAGCCCGUCUGCCCCAGCCAGCACUCGCUCUUCUACCAGUAACGUGUGGAUGACCCACGCAGAGAUGGAGUCUCUGAAUGCGGCCACCAAACCUCCGGAGCUGAAAGAGUUUAGCUGGGAUCAGAUACUGGCCUAUGGCGAUAUGAAUCAUGAGUGGGUGGGCAACGAGUGGCUGCCCAGCCUGGGCUUGCCACAGUACCGGAGCUAUUUCAUGGAGUCCCUGGUGGAUGCCCGCAUGCUGGACCACCUGACCAAGAAGGAACUGAGAGGACAGCUCAAAAUGGUGGACAGCUUCCACAGGGUCAGCUUGCAUUACGGCAUCAUGUGCCUGAAGCGUCUAAAUUACGAUCGCAAGGAGCUGGAGCGGAGGAGAGAGGAGAGCGCCCACCAGAACAAAGAUGUGAUGGUAUGGUCCAAUGAGCGCGUGAUGUGCUGGGUGCAGAGUAUUGGUCUGAAGGAGUAUGCCGACAACCUCCGGGAGAGCGGCGUCCAUGGGGCUCUGCUGGCUUUAGAUGACACGUUCGACUACACCGACCUGGCCCUGCUACUGCAGAUCCCCAAUCAGAACACGCAGGCCAGACAGCUCCUGGAGCAGGAGUACAACUCCCUCAUUUCCAUGGGUACUGAGAGACGGCCCGAUGAGGAUGGAACUAAGACGUUCACCCGCUCUCCCUCCUGGAGGAAGAUGUUUAGGGAGAAGGACCUGCGGGGCGUGACCUCUGACUCUGCCGAGACCCUGCCUGCUAACUUCCGUGCCUCAGCCAUCUCUACACCCUCCGUUACCCUGAGAAAGGUUCAGAGUGAAGCCAGCUCUGGUGCCCGGGGUGAAUCUGCCUCAGUGAGGACGUACUCCUGUUGAGGGGCUGAGGGCGCUAACAGGAUUGGGACUAGAGGACCCUCUCGCUCAUCCACGGAGAAAGAAGCAAUGAAUAUAACCAUUUAACUUUAAAUAAAUCUUUCAGUCUGACCAUUCUGCAAUAACAGAAGCAAAGAAAUGAAAGGGGAAAUUAAGAAUGUAUGAAUGUAUUUUCCGACCAGACUUGGAAGGUGGACAAGCUGUUUUCUCCCUCUGUCUCUCACUGCCUGUCUCAGCUCUUCCUCUCUCAGUGUGAAGGCGUGUGGAAAGGACAACGCCGGUGUUGGUUUAGAGUCUGCGCCAUCGCGUCAUGCCGGUUUCUCCUCUCUUCAUUCCUGUCGGUGUCCACGUAAAGUUAGCAGAGUUGGCAAUAUCAGGGCUCAUUUUCCUACCUACAGAGAAAAAAAAAA